AUGGCUAAAAUGGGAAAGAAUGUCGGCACCGUCUACAAGGUCGUCCACCGCCCCAGCGGCGGCGUCUACGCCCUCAAGGUCAUCUACGGCAACCACGAGGACGCCGUGCGCAACCAGAUGCGCCGCGAAAUCCAGAUCCUCCGCGACGUGGACCACCCCAACGUCGUGAAAUGCCACAACCUCUUCGACCACAGCGGCGAGAUCCAGGUCCUCCUCGAAUUCAUGGACAAGGGCUCCCUCGAAUCCACCCACAUCCCCCACGAGCAGCCCCUCUCCGACCUCGCCCGCCAGGUCCUCGCCGGAUUGGCCUACCUCCACCGCCGCAAAAUCGUCCACCGCGACAUCAAGCCCUCCAAUCUCCUAAUCAAUUCGCGCCGCCUCGUCAAAAUCGCCGAUUUUGGGGUUUCCCGCAUCCUCGCGCAGACCAUGGAUCCCUGCAAUUCCUCCGUCGGCACCAUCGCCUACAUGAGCCCCGAGCGGAUCAACACCGAUCUCAACCACGGCCAGUACGACGGCUACGCCGGCGACAUCUGGAGCCUGGGCGUCAGCGUCCUCGAAUUCUAUUUGGGGAAAUUCCCCUUCGCCGUCGGCCGGCAGGGGGACUGGGCGAGCCUCAUGUGCGCGAUCUGUAUGUCGCAGCCGCCCGAGGCGCCGCCCUCCGCCAGCCGCGAAUUUAGGGAUUUCAUCUCCUGCUGCCUCCAGAGGGAUCCGGCCAAGAGGCUCUCCGCCGCGCAGCUGCUCAAGCAUCCCUUCAUCGUGCAGCACUCCUCUCCCGGGGGAGGCGGCGCCGCGGUGCAUCACCAGGCAGCGGCGCACCAGCUCCUGCCGCCGCCGCCGCGCCAGCAUUACUCCUCGGCUUGAUUGAAGUUGAAAGUUUGAGGGGUUGGCUGAUUCAAAGAGAAGUGAGUCAACACACCAAAACAUAAGUCUUGAAGUGUGUGUUUGAGCAAGAAUUACUAGGAAACUAGGUUGUCCAAACAAGACUGCAGAAGAUGAAUGAAAUAAUUUAGAAAUCUGCUUUGUCUUGUUCAAUUUGACUUGGUGAAUUUUAUUUGCAUUUGAGUCAAAGGUGGAAAUGGUCUUAUAAACUUA